CAGAUUUCAAUACAAAAUGCUGUAACGAAAUCCGAAGUUCCAUUCUGCUUAUAAGUUUAACUAUAAGGAUCUUUAUUUGUGUUUAACUAUGUUGUAAUCAUUAACAUAAUCAGUGAUGAGUGGGUCGAUGGUUGUCGAGGCUACUUCCACGAUAGAGGAGGACCUAUAUGCGUUUAAGGAGGAGCCGGACUCGUCCAUAAGCUUGGAGGCCCAAGCGGAGGGCGCAGGUGCAGGGAGUGGGAAGGCGGCGUGCAAGGUGUGCGGGGAUAAAGCUUCAGGAUACCACUACGGCGUCACUUCGUGCGAGGGCUGCAAGGUAAGUGCAACUGCUACGAGUUACGGGCGGCUACGAAUAACGGCGGGUUUCUUUCGUAGAAGUAUUCAGAAGCAGAUCGAGUACCGUUGCCUUCGCGACGGAAAGUGCCUGGUCAUCCGCCUUAAUAGAAACCGGUGCCAGUACUGCCGGUUCAAAAAGUGUCUCGCGGUUGGCAUGAGCCGUGACUCUGUAAGGUACGGCAGAAUCCCGAAGCGACGUGACGUGACUACACCAGAGAGUAUGGCCGAUCUUGCAAAGAACCUGUCGAACACCGAGCCCGCGCCACCCGCCGCUGCGCAGCCCGUGCAAGAGCAAGACGCUGACGCGAUGGAGGAGUCUAAGGACGUCGCAAAAAUGGUCAUCCUGGCUCACCGCAAUUUGAAUUCGUACACCGAGGACUUCCGCAGGUCACUACAGUUGCAGACGUUCAUCGUGAAAGUUGAUGAUAAUCGUGAAGGGCAAGCUGGAAGUAGUGGCAGCAAUGCCAGUACCAGCAACGCCAGCGCUGCUAACACCGCCAACGCUGCUAACGCCGCCAACGCCGAAAACGCCGCAAACGCUGGAAACGCCGCAGUUGCUUCAAGCAGCGUGGAGCCAACUGCCAAAUUGGAAGCUGCAGCUGACGACGGCAGCGCCGCCGCCGCCAGUCGCCUCGAAACCCUUACAGUCCUCUGGUCCAACGUCGCCUACCGCAUGACCCCUGCUGUCCAACAAGUUGUCGAAUUCGCAAAACGCUUACCAGGCUUUCAUAUCCUGCCGCAAGAUGACCAGCUUAUUCUGAUCAAGCUUGGAUUCUUCGAGGUAUGGCUGACCCGUGCCACUCGCAUCUCUAAUCCGACGGCGAUUGUCUUCGAUGACGGUACUUCGCUGAACCAUCGCCAACUCGAAUCAAUGUAUGAUACUUCCUUCGCGACCGGAAUACUGUCGUAUGUUCGAGCAGUGAUCAAUUUGGAGAUGACAGACGACGAGGCUGCAAUCUUUACUGCCUGUCUGCUCGUCUCACCAGAACGCAAUGGUCUCAGCGACCGCGAACUAGUCGAAUCACUUUUGCGCAGCGUUAAUGAAGCCUUCAUGUAUGUGAUGACUGAGAAUGGAACAGCUAACGCCGCCAGUCGUCUGGAGUCAUUCAAUGCACUCGCACAAGAAGUACGCGUGCUUGGUGAUCGCCACCACAAUCUACUCGGUUGGUGCCGUGGCAACUGGCGUCGACUUGAUCUGCCUGCUCUCUUUUCGGAAAUCUUCGACAUACCGAAGAACGAAGAGGAGUACGUACCGGACCAUGCUGGCCCCGCUUAAGCGGUCAAAAAUGCUACAAGUUUGUCGUACAAGUGCUUGCCAACAACAACACAUCAAUUGGAAAACCUUAAAACCUGUUACAGAAAAUACCUGGUACAGAAAUACUUUGGAUUUUUGUGUAUAAAAUACAUCAAAGGUCACUUUAUAUCACGAAAAUAAAUUGCAAAAUAAUUGUACGAAAAUCUUGGGCAUACAUUUUAAAGUAACGCUUCUUACGCACGAUUUUAAGGUUUUGUGUCUAUUAGUUGCUAUAAUUGAUUUAUAUAGUAGUUACACUACGAGUUUUUUUUUUUUUUUAAACAAUUGUCUAUUAGAGGGGCACUGUUUUUACUAUUAAGUAGUGAUAUCAUACAUAAUAUUCGUGUAUUGGUAUAUCUGUAUACGUAAAGCAUGUAAUCAUAGUAUAAGUGUAACUGAAAACAUAUACCUGACUCGAUUUUUCAAACGGUGAAUUCCUAACAUUCGUUUCACUCUGGAUAAUCUCAAUAAUAAUCGGGCCAUCUUGAUUAAAAUAUCUUCUAAGUUAUAACGAGUCAGGUAAAUGUAUUCUGUAUUUUAAUUAUAUCCGUAUAAUAAUUCGUGUUGUUGCUAAACUGUUUCCUAUUCGCGAAUUAUUGUAUUGUAACUUUUACUUAAGACACUAUUGUAACAUUUAAGUUCAAGGAAUGUGAUAUGGUGAAGGCCAUCUUAUACUUCUGGUCCACUAUUAUUCGUUAUAGAAUUAUAUUCAAAAUUAACGUAAAUGGUACAAAUAUUUAUUCAACAAUUUCAGAAAAAUAAUCAGUGCAGUGGAACUGACGUAGUAAUAAGUAAAGUUCUAUCCUAUUGUUUACUGAAAGAGGGUUAAAGAAAAUUGUUAAAAGAAGUAUUAUCGGGAUGAAAAGAAUGAUAGUGGGCCCAGUAUAAAAACAAGAAAAAACAACUUUAUGGCAUACGACUGAUAACUAGUGUUUAUUGGAUUAUAUAACUGAAGGUCUAUCAUUUGUUAUAUUACAUAUAUGAUUUCAGUUAAUAUUUAAUUUUAAGAAAUAAAAACACCUUUCUUUGCUCAACUUCGAUUAGUUUAAAAGCGCAUUUCGCGUUUAUUAUUAAAUUACUUAUGUUUCUACUAAAUUUAAGCAAAUUCCCUUCUGAAAGUGAUAUGAUUUUUUUGAGUUUAGGACUUUAAUUUUUGAGCGUAAUAUUUGUGAAUUGUAGAUGACAGCUUAACGUAAAAAUUAUCUCAACGCAUAGUGCGAACCUAGAAAAAUAUUGAUAUGGUGAUACUAUUUUAGUCAUAACGCUUUUCUCUCAUUUAGAGAACAGCAACUAUCUGUUUUAUAAUUAAUCUGAAUCUGAAACGUAUAAUUCCAUAAUAUUGAAGAAAUACAAAUUAGUUAUUUUGUAAAACCUACAGCCAUCUUUCUCCGUAUUUAAUGUUGCAACAGAUAAACUUAUUCCAAUCAUUUACUUCAUGUUUGAAGCAACUUAUCCGCUACCAUUGAAAAAAAUUUAAGCAACUUGCAACAAACAAAAUAGUUUAACAUAUAUUUUAAGUAUAACCCAAGUGGUCGCAAUAAGCAAUUUCUAAUAUAAAUUUUUAACUUACGAUUUCAUAUAUGUCGAAUGCACUGAGAUACUUUUGCGGUGAGCUUUCUAGAAAGUGUUGUGUAUGGUAAUGAUUUAAAUGCAUUUAUUAUCUAUUUAGUCAGUUUAUGUCUGUUGUCUGAACUUUAACUGGUGGAUCCUUAUGGAUUGUACAAAUAGUUGGAUUAUUGUUAUUUACGAAAUCUGUGAAGCGUAUCUAGUUUCGUUAAUUGUCUUAGAAUUAUUUCUUGUUAUUUUAAUUUGCUAAAUUUUAAAUAAAUUGGUUUUCCGUAUUUAA